AGGGACCUUCUCCACAAAAACCUCAGAGCUCGUCUUUACACAGCAGCUGUCCAGGUUUAGCAAAAAGCGGUUUUGGUUCCUUAAAGAGCUGCACAAUGAGCCUCGCUUUGACUCUUUUAAUCCUUUGUGUUUGCUGUGAGGCUUCCGCCGGCUCACACACUCUGCAGUACCAAUACACUGCUGUCACACCAGGAAUAAAUCUCCCAGAAUUCACUGCUGUUGGUCUGGUGGAUGGAGAGCAGUUUGUGUUCUAUGACACCAACAUCAAGAAGGCGAUCCCAAAGACAGAGUGGAUAAAGAUGAUCAGUGCUGAUGAUCCACAUUACUGGGGCAGAGACACAGAGCAGAUGGAGAAUCAACACAACCGUUUCCAUGUCAUUAUGAAGCGAAUAAUGCAGAGCUUUAAUCACACUGAAGGAGUUCAUACACUCCAGAGGAUGUACAGCUGUGAGCUUGAUGAUGAUAACACCACUAGAGGAUAUGAUCUGUACGGUUAUGAUGGAGAAGAUUUCAUGAGUCUGGAUCUGAAAACUGGAACCUGGACUGGAACAAAACCUCAAACUGGAGAACUUAUAAAGAAGUGGGAUCCUACAGAAAAUGAAGCUAAAUACUGGAAGAGCUACCUGGAGAAUGAAUGUAUUGAUUGGUUAAAGAAGUUUGUGUCUUACGGCAGAGAGACUCUGGAGAGGAAAGUUCGUCCCAAGGUGUCUGUGUUCCUGAAACACUCGCCCUCCCCAGAGGUGGUGUGUCACGCUACAGGUUUCUUCCCCAAAGCCCUGAAUAUCACCUGGCAGAAGGACGGAGAGGACGUGAUUGAGGACGUGGAGCUCAGAGAGACGUUACCCAACCAGGAUGGAAGCUUCCAGAAGAGGAGCAUUCUGAAAGUCCCAGCUGAGGAGCUGCAGAAACACAAAUACACCUGCGUGGUUCAGCACAGCAGCUUGGAGGAGGAGUUAGUGCUGCCUGUGAGCGAGCAACAAAUCCUGAAAGAUGGAGGAUCAGAUAAAGUGCAGAUUGCCCAUGCCCUCAUGGUUCUUGUUGGUCUUAUUAUUGUCAUUGUUCGUCUUGUUGCUGUUGUGAUCUUGAAGACGUCAAACUCUGAUGACACUCUCAUUCCACCCAAGCAAGGGAUGAUCCUCUGAAGUGAUGAGUGAUUUCCUGUCAAGGACGUCUGGUACGAAUGACCACCUUCAGGGAGGCAGCGUGUGAAAUGUGAAUACAGACAUCUCUUGUGGGAUUUGCAAAGUAUAUGGGGCAGAAAUUACCGACAGUGGUGCUUGAAAGUUUGUGAACCCUUUAGAAUUUUCUAUAUUUCUGCAUAAAUAUGACCUAAAACAUCAU